UCAGUUGCCUGCGCCUUGACACACACAAACUUUACCUUCUCGGAUCACAUCCCGUCCUUUAUAUUCCUGCUUUCUCUUCCUUUUAACCCAACUUCGGAUCUUCGCCUCGGAUCUGAGCAAAACCAACACUGCUCGUCUACAAACGGUCCAUCGCAAUGGCCAUCGCACUACCCCAAUCCCCUAUCGCCCCUCCAGACGUCCGAAACACCGUGACGCCGGUCCUCUCGGCUCUACCCGGUGCGGCCGCCUCAACAGAGCCCGCCACAACAGUGCUACCGUCACUUUCGCCCAUUCUCCGACAGCGAGUCCAGCUAUUAUCGUCGGCCACCACAGAACCAUGGAUCCGGCUCCUGACGUACGACCCCUCCAAGGUGGCCAAGUUGACGAGCGUCGCCCGAAGCGGUGACUUGGAUCCUCACCCGGUUUCUGGCGAGGUUGAGGUGGACUGGGAUCGCGGUGUCAGUAUUAGAUACAAGCGACUAGACCAGGAGACGCUCCAGGCCAUGGCCGUCCUCGACGACCUCCAGCUUUUCUUCCGGCUCGUCUACUGCACCGGCGACCCCGAUGGCGGAGGCGAUGGCUGGCGAGUGGGCGAAGUUGGAAUCGUCGAUCCUCCCACCGUUGCCGCCUUCGGUGGUUCUCCCGGCAUCGAGGAAGCCGAACGGUUGUUCGAGACGACAAGACCCAAAACCAAUGGGUUGUCAGUCACCAGCAGUAGUCAUGCAGCAGGCAACACUAAGAGUGGUUGGAGCGCACAGGCUACGGUCGAUGAGGAGGAGGAUGACGAUGACGACUAUUGGGCUCGGUAUGACGCAACGCCAUCUAGGACACCGGCGAUAAAGGAGUCACCGGCCCCACGAGGACCUGCGCAGACGGCUCAAGCCGAUAAUCAACCUAGUCAGUCCACCGAGGCCGAGGAUGCGUACUUUGCCCAGUACGACUCGGUCCAACCAGCCAUGGACAACCACGACCCCGACGAGGAAGCAAACCUCAAGGAGCACGGCGAACAUGUCGGACCGCUUCCACCUCUCAACCUAGCAAAGCCGGAGCCCGCAAAAGUCGAUAGGGCAACAACAAACGGCCCCGCCCUCGCUCAGCCUAUUCCCAUUAAGCCCGAAUCAGUGCACUCAUCUGGCUCCCGAAACAGCCAAGACGAGUCGUGGGUGCUUGCUCAUCCGCGCCCUGGUAGCGCCAGCUCCAACGCGUCCCAGACAGUUGCCAGACUUGAGGAGGCGGCCGAGAGUCGUGAACAGACCGAAUUUGGCGUGAAGCAGCACAUCUCGCGCAGCAUCAGGAGCCUAUUCCUGCUCUCGCGGGCCUCGGGCAUCGACAGGGAGGAAUUCGAGAGAAUGGUCCGGACAGAGCUGGAUGUAUUGGGUAUGGUUGAGAACGACAUCUAGUGGGAUAUCGGGAGGGGGGGGUACGCUGUAUAACAGACAUAUUGUCGGCAUUCCAUGUCUGGCGCGAGG